CCCACCAGGAGGCAGCGAGACAGUCAGGGACGCGGGGACGCCAGAAGGCGAGGCUGCAGAAAGAGGGAGCAGAGCGAGGAGGAGCUCGCGGACAGCGCCCGGAGCCUCGCGGGAGACCGGCCGCCUUUUCUCCUUCGCUGCGGCUGGCCGGCUCUCUGCGGCCGCCACUCCCACCCUCCCUCCCCAGCCUACGGCCGCCUGCUCCCCCGCUCUGCUGUUGGAUUUCCCCGGGCGCUCGGCCGCUAGGGACGGUCCGCGGGGCUUGGCCAAGCCCGGUGCGCGGAGCUUUGCGAGCGGCCCGGCCUGCCAGCCGGCCGCGUAUCCGCUCGUGUGUCCGGCCGCGCGGCAGUCUGCUCCCAUCCUCCGCGGAGAGCUUUGCGUGCGGGGGGCUCCGCUGGCAGCCGAACUUUUGCCGCGGGCACUCGGGGCGCCGCGGGUUUAUGCUGCGAUAGAGCCCUCCUUCCCCGGGGCGUUCGGUAUCGAAGCCGGGCCGGCUCAGCCUGGGCGGCGGCUCGAGGGAGCGGGCGGCCCGGCGAGUGGGCAGGGGCGCCUCUGGGCCCGCUCCCUCGCCAUUGAUGGUGACCAAUGUUAGCGGUGGGGCCCAUGGAUGCGAACCCGCGGCAGAGCGCCUUCGUGCUGAGCAGCACGCCUCUGGCUGCUCUCCAUAACAUGGCCGAGAUGAAGACGUCGCUGUUCCCCUACGCUUUGCAGAACCCGUCCACCUUCAAGGCCCCUGCCCUGAGCGGCCUCGGCGCCCAGAUGCCCCUCGGCACUCCGCACGGCAUCAGCGACAUCCUGGGCCGGCCCGUGGGCGCCAGCAGCAAUCUCCUGGGCGGCCUGCCGAGGAUCGGCGGGCUGGCCACGUCGGCCGGCAUGUACUUCAACCCCGCCGCGGCCGCGGCGGCCGCCGCCUCCAGGUACCCCAAGCCCCUCGCCGAGCUUCCAGGCCGCCCUCCUAUCUUCUGGCCCGGAGUCAUGCAGAGCUCCCCGUGGAGGGACCCGCGGAUCGCGUGCCCCACUCAGGGCGGCCUGGCGCUGGACAAGGACGGCAAGAAGAAACAUUCGCGGCCCACCUUCUCGGGUCAGCAGAUCUUUGCCCUGGAGAAGACCUUUGAGCAGACCAAGUACCUGGCAGGCCCCGAGAGGGCCAGGCUCGCCUACUCGCUGGGCAUGACCGAGAGCCAAGUGAAGGUGUGGUUCCAGAACCGGCGGACCAAGUGGCGAAAGCGGCACGCGGCCGAGAUGGCGUCGGCCAAAAAGAAGCACGACACGGAGACGGAGAAGCUUAAGGAGAGCUCGGACAACGAGGACGACGACGAAUACAAUAAGCCCCUGGACCCCAACUCGGACGACGAGAAAAUCACGCGCUUGUUGAAAAAGCACAAAUCCACAAACUUGGCGCUGGUCAGCCCGUGCAGCAACAGCUCAGACGCUUUGUGAGGGGCGCGGCUCGGGGGAAGGAGGCCCCGGCCGCCCCGCCCCCGCUCCGCCUCCCCCAGGACUGGCUCGGUCGCCCCUUCCCCGCCUGGCCCCCUCCCGCCGGCCUCAGCAGGUUCGUGUGUCACCGAGUCCGAUGGUCACUUGUCUGUCACGCGUGGCUGGUGCGCCGUGGGGCGUGCCGUCCAGCCGAGAUGUAUGUGGGAUGUAUAUAUUUUUUACAGAAUAAGUUAUGAAA